AUGGGUGACGUCUCACAUCCCGAGCUGGAGAUGACGGAUGAGAUGUGGGAGAACAGCAGCUUCGCCAGCCCCUCGCCUGGACUCCCCCUGUUUCUGCUCAUGUUCAACAACAGCGAUCUGAACGAGACGCUGUUCAACGCCACCAACGCCACCGUCACAGACGCCUCCUCAGGUCCCAGCGUGGCAGGGGUCCUCAUCCCACUCAUAUACAUCAUUGUUUGUAUCAUCGGCCUGGGUGGAAACACUUUAGUGAUUCACAUUGUGCUGCACUACUCGAAGAUAGAGUCAGUCACCAACAUCUACAUCCUCAACUUGGCCAUUGCAGACGAGCUCUUCAUGCUCGGCCUGCCUUUCCUGGCGGUGCAGAACACCCUGCAGUCGUGGCCCUUUGGCUCCUUCAUGUGCCGCCUGGUCAUGACUGUCGACUCCAUCAACCAGUUCACCAGCAUCUUCUGCCUGACUGUGAUGAGCAUCGACCGCUACCUCGCCGUAGUUCACCCCAUUCGGUCUUCAAAGUGGCGCCGCCCUCAGGUGGCCAAAGUGGUGAAUGGCACCGUGUGGGCGGUGUCGUUUCUUGUUGUUCUGCCUGUGGUCAUCUUUGCCAACAUCCAGAAGGCAGGAGGCACCUGUAACAUCGCCUGGCCUCAGCCGGCUAACAUCUGGAGGGCGGCCUUCAUUAUCUACACCUCCACUGUUGGCUUCUUCUGCCCGCUUCUUAUCAUCUGCCUCUGUUACCUGCUCAUCGUUUUCAAGAUCCGCAGCUCGGGUAAAAAAGUCCACGCCACUUCCACCAAACGCAGGAAGUCGGAGCGGAAAGUGACACGGAUGGUUGUGAUUGUUGUUGCCGUGUUUGUCUUCUGCUGGCUGCCGUUCUACGCCCUCAACAUCAUCAACCUGCUGGUGUCCCUGCCUCCGGAGUACCAGGGCCUUUACUAUUUUGUCGUAGUGCUCGGUUACGCCAACAGCUGCGCCAACCCCAUCGUCUAUGGCUUCUUAUCGGACAACUUCAAGAGAGGUUUCCGGAAAGCGCUCUGCCGCUCUACGAGGAAGGUGGAAAACCUUGAGCCCAUGGAGCGCCAGCAGCAGCAGGAGGAGGGAAGGAGGGCACUCAUGCCCAGGGAAAGCCUGAGACGGGCGAUCAGGGACGAAGAAGAUGACGACGAGGAAGACGUCUCAGAAAUGACUGAGAUCUACAGAAUCGCCCAGAAUGGAAACAGCAGCUUCCAGCCGCAAAGCUCACAGCCGCUGUUCUCAGAGAAGGGGGCGACUCCAGGAGCAAUGGAGCUGUCGUCCCCAGACAAGAAGGACAAAGCUGGGGACGUGAAAGGGAAAGACGCGAUCAACGGGUCCACGCUGACUGUCCCGUUGCUUCUCAACGGAGCCAAGAAUGGGAGUGUCAAAACUCUGCCAGAGGAAAACUUGGAACAGAGCACGUCACUGGAGAUAAGUUAUUUAUAA